AGUUUUGCCCCAUCCACAUGCUUUCUGUAAGAAUCAUACAAGCUAAGAACAUCAAGUCAAGAGACCUGUGGACAGUUCCACUUUCCUGCCAAAACCUUGCGGGGCAAUGUUAUUCACUGCUUGAUACCAGUCUGAAGUAUUUAGGCAUCUCGGGGUGCAGUGGACAUCUUCCGUCAAGUCCAGACUCCAGCUCUGAAAGACAUCACCUUGGAGAUUUCCUUUCACACCGUUGUCAAGCUUCACAAAUGACUGCUUCAGACUGCUAUGUGCGCUUGUGGCUGCCUUCUGCUUCAAAUAGAAAGCUUCGGACCAAAACCAUCAGGAAUUCUGACAACCCUGUCUGGAAUGAGACCUUCUACUUUAGGAUCCAGAGAGAAGUUGAGAACGUUUUAGAAUUGGCAGUGUGUGAUGAAGAUCCACUCACCAAAGAUGACAUGCAGUUCACAGUUCUUUUUAACAUUGCUAGAAUCAGACCCGGGGAGACACUCCGUGAGACAUUUGCUUUGAAAUCAGAGACAGAGAGAUGCAUUAAGAAAUGGGAAAGUCUAGAAGUGGAAUUCUGGAUGGAAAGAAUUCCUGGCCCGCCGGAGCACCUCAUUACCAAUGAUGUCCUAGUGUCCCGUGAGGUUUGCUGCUUGGAAGUGCAAGUGGACAUCAAUGAAAGCAGGAAAUACUUGAAAGAGGGUAAAAAUCUCGUGCUUACGGUGCCUGCAUCUCAUGAGGGAACACAGAAAACUACAGAGGACACAGAUACUUUCUACUUCCACUGUGUGAAGUCUUGGGAGCCAGUUCUAAAAGUCAGGCUGCAGAAGGUUUCUGAUAAGGAAGAUGACAAUAGCAAUUUAAGUGACACCUUAACAGUACCACUGAAAUUUCUACCUGUUGGACAUAAAGUGAAAGUAACCCUCCCUGUAAGACAUAACGUGCCACUGCAGCUGUACCUCCAACUAAAUGAUUGCACAGAAAAACUAGAUGUGCGCUUAGGGUAUGAUCUGUGCCGAGAAGAGCAAGAAUUCCUGCAAAAAAGGAAGAGAGUGGUUGCCAGUGCCCUGAAAAGGGUUCUUCAUCUGGAAAGGGAUCUACAUGGACACGAGGUCCCGGUAAUAGCUGUUAUGGCAACAGGCGGAGGCCUCAGAGCAAUGUCAGCUAUGUUUGGCCACCUCUUAGCUCUUCAGAAGCUAAAUCUCUUGGACUGUGUUACCUAUCUCACCGGGGCUUCUGGCUCAACAUGGACCCUAGCAGACCUGUAUGAGCACGCCGACUGGUCACAGAAGUCUCUGGAGGGGCCACUUAAGGCAGUAAAAGAACAAGUGACAAAAUGCAAACUCAAUCUUAUGUCUAUAGAGCAUCUGAAGUACUAUCAUAAGGAACUCGCUGAAAGGGCAAAAGCAGGACACGUGUCAUCUUUUACAACUCUGUGGUCACUUGUUCAGGAAAUGUUCUUACAUGAACGGCCAAGAAAGUACAAACUCACAGACCAGCGCAGGGCAUUGGAGCAUGGACAAAACCCAUUGCCUUUCUAUGCAGUCCUCAAUGUGAAAGAGGAAAAGUUCAGUACUUUCAAAUUUAGAGAGUGGGCAGAGUUCUCUCCUUAUGAGGUGGCCAUACCAAAAUACGGAGCCUCCAUUCGUUCAGAAUAUUUUGACAGUGAGUUCUUCAUGGGAAGGAGAGUGAAGAAGCUGCCAGAAUCUCGGAUCUGCUAUCUGGAAGGUCUUUGGACAAACAUCUUUACUAGGAAUUUGCUCGAUGGCUUGUACUGGUCCUCAAAUUCAAAUGAAUUCUGGGAACGAUGGGCCCAAGAUAUGGUAGAUAUAGAAAAACAUUCACCUGAGGAGGAUGUCACUACCAUCGAGCCUCCAUCUUGUUUGUCAGGGAAAUUGUAUGAAAUGUUUCAGGACAUUAUGACCAAGCGUCCACUACUGGGAAAGUCUCAUAAUUUCCUGAGAGGCUUAGAAUUUCAUAAGGAUUAUAGCCAUCAGAAAAAAUUUAUUGAAUGGAAAGACACUGUGCUGGACUCUUUCCCUAACAGUCUGACACCGCUGCAGAAAUAUCUUUGCCUGAUAGAUGUUGGCUAUUUCAUCAACACCAGCGGUGCAGCACUUUUCAAACCAGAGAGGAAUGUAGAUGUUAUUAUCUCACUCGAUUAUGGUUUGGGGAAUGUGUUCAAGCAAUUAGAGAUGACAUACAAAUAUUGCAAGAUACAAAAUAUCCCAUUCCCCAAAGUGGAGCUAAGUAAAGAAGAAGAGAAGAACCCAAAGGAAUGUUAUGUGUUUUUGGAUGCAGAGGACCCCAGAGCCCCCAUAGUAAUCCAUUUCCCCCUGGUGAAUGACACCUUUAAGGAAUUCAAGGAGCCUGGGGUAAAGCGCUGUCUCUCAGAGAUGGAAGAAGGCAAAGUAAACCUGGAGAACACCUGCUCACCCUAUUACCUCAUUAGGCUAAUCUACUCCUCUGAAAAUUUUGACAAACUCGUGAACCUGAGCAAAUACAACAUCCUCAAUAACAAAGACCUGCUCCUCCAGGCAAUCCAAAGUGCAGUAGAACGGAGGAGAAGUGUCAGGACUGGGAAUUUCCCCAGCCACUCUAGAGCUGGAUACCCCUAGGCUGGAUUUUUGCACUGUUCCCCACUGAAGGCUACAAUAGUCACAUUGCAACACAUUACAGUCACGUUAUAACAUGUCACAGUCACAUUACAACACAUCACAGUGUUAAUUAUUUGCAGGAAACUGAGGAAACCUGUACAUUUCUCAUCUUGCCUUGUUCAAGUUCCUAGCUUUCAAAAGGGUUUAUUUAAUCUCCUUCCCCUAAGUUUUCAGACCACAAGAGCCUCACACUGUGGUCUUGUUAAGAAAUUAGGGUCCUGGUUAGCAGAGACCCUCCAGGAUCUCCCUGCUGUUAUAGAAUAUGGUGGUGGUCAUAGUGAUAGUUCUUUGUACUCACCUGUCCCCUCAAUCCUGAGCCCAUUGUCGGUGUCUUUUCAAUGCUUUGUUACAAACCAAGUCCUGGCCAUUUGCAUUCAGUAAUGUCCAGAUUUUCAGACAGGCUGAGCAACUAGAAUUUGCACUGAAUUGGUGGGCUCAGCUUUGAAGUCGGGCCAAAGAGUCAUGUAUAUCUGUGAACAACGGCCAAACUGCAACGUGGACAACUGCAUUCUGUCUGGCCGAUUCCCCUUGCUGAUUUAGAAAUUAUUCCUUUUUUCCAUUCCCCUGCAAGAGUUUGGCACAGAAACACUGCUCCAGACUGCCAUGAGGGGGGCAGUUACAUUUCAAGGAGAGAGGAUAUCAGCUGCAAAGCACGAGUAUGGUUCUUCUGAGCGUUGGCUGGAGGAAAAAUUCUGCAUAAAUUAAUAAUAUUGAUUUAUACAGGUAAUGCCUUUAUGCAUUAAAAUGUCAAGAGACUGAAACAAGUUUUUGAUACCAGAAACUCAAGGGGAAUAAUUACCAUAGACUCAGGUACAUUUAAUUUAAUAAUCAUGACCAAGACAUAAGCUGGUGCUCCUUACAUUUGUAACUUGAGUGUAGGAUAACAUAACUCACUAACAGAGUGCAUAGCCAUUGUAUUUUCACACCCAUAAGAUUUUUUCCGUUUACAGUCUUCUGUCCCUGACAUCAUAGGCAAGGUAUUUUUAAUAGGUGCUAUACUAAAAUAGAUCACAAAUUAAAAAAAAAAAAAAAAAAGGAAAUUUUUUGUCACACCUUCUUGCUGGAGGAAAAUAUUUGGAAAAAUCUCACCUGGUUUUCAUUUGCUUUGGAGAGCAGUGAGAGACUUUGCUUUGAACUAGGAGCUUAGAACAUCUUUAUAGCCCUCCACCAUAUUAACAAGAUGGUGGGGAAGGAUGCUGACAAACACAAAACAGAGCUCCACACAAGUCAGAGAAGUUUUCAGACUUCCUAGCACUGAAGGAUUUGGACUGGCUUCUGGCUUGUUUAAUCCAAACACAGCAUAUUCAACGGGCUCUCCAAGGAAAAUCUUACACAUUUCUUCUGUGUUGGACAUUUACUUGAUACCUAGGAUUCAUUUUACCUGAAAUCCAGAGUUAGACAGAAAAAGAGAAACAGGACUCUGCCUUUUUUGUAUAUGCAGACAGUAUUCAAACUCAGAGGGAAAGCACUUAACAAAAGCCUUCAUUGCCUGAACCCUGCGUCCACUAAAUGCUUCUGUGGCUGCCAGCAAUGGCAAUGCAUGAGCCUCAGCAACAUUCCUUGUCCAAUGCUCAUUUACUGAGCUAAGGAAUACCAUGAAAACCUGAGGAGUCUUAACAGCUGGAAUGCAACUGCACAACUAAAUUCAGACCAUGAGAUGAUAAGAACUAACCAGAUACCGGCUGCAAGAAAAAAUACAGUGAGCCAUGCUGAGUUGAGAAGUGAGAUGGCAGCAGGGGGCUCUCUCAGAAGAGAGACUCCCACCAGGAGGAUCUGUCACCUUGGCGUAGGAGAGCAGCGUGUCCUGGCGCAGUAUGCCAUGGUGCAGGUGGAUGCACCUACAAGCACAUGUGGCUGUGUGCAGGCACAUGCACAUGUUGUGCACUGUUUUCCUCCUCCUCUGGCUGGUCCUGUAAAGAAACCUCUUCCUAUAACCUGCUCGCACAGAACAAAAACUGAUUCCAGCAUGACUGUGAAGAGGCUGCAUGCUCCUACAUCCCGUGGCCUGGUGCACCCUGAUUCACCCGGGCUCCAGCGCUUGGCCCCACAGCCAGUCUGUGUUUGACCCCUGCUCGCCUCGGCCGGGCAGUGGGAGCAGGGAGGGUGGACAAGGAGUGAUGCCAUUGUGCUGCCUCUCUCCAUGGCCUCACUGUGCUGGGGCACGUGGGGCAUCAAAUUAUGCUCACGGCUUCCAGCAUUAUGCUAUUACACAGGAGGUACAAAAGGCUGAGCUGGAGGAAGGUGCUGGGGGCUGAACAGCUCAUGGGGAGUCCCCAAAAUAGCAGCCAAUAGCGGGUUUUCUGGUGCAGUGGUUCAAGGACUCAGUCAGGAACGCUGGUGUUCUCCACAACAGACUGGGAUUUUUUUUUGACACAAACCCAAUAUCAAGCUGAAGCUGGAGGACUUGGCCUUCAGGAGCAGAUAUUCAGGGUGGCCUCUGCUGAAAUACAGCAGGUUUGUCAGGAAGAAGACCACCAAUGUUGUUAUGUAAUUGCAUUUUAUUUACAUAUUGUCCAUAUUGUAAAUAGGAACAGUGUUUUACCUCAUCUACCUAAUUUAAACGUUCUGCUGCUGCAAUAAGUUAUCCCUGUUUUGUUCAUGGACUGCAGUGAGUGAUCCAUAACCCCUGUGACCCUUGGCAGCACAAAGUGAGUGAGGCAGCUCAGCCACGCUGAGAAAAUUGUCUCUCUCUCUCUCUCUCUCUCUCUCUAAAUGCUCCACAGAUUGAUAACUGGGGCGUUUGGUGCAUUCAUAGUGCUGCUAAUGCAAAACAGAAAUGCCCACUAAAAUGUGAAAGAGCCAAAAACCCCACAGGGUUUUCGGAUAACCCACAGUCAGUGGAGGAUAACUUUUCCGAGGGAUUGUUAAACCCUGUUACAGAGUGAAGGAGGUAGCUGUGGGUUGGGAGGGUGGCGUGACUCUCAUUUUACCAUGAGAACUGUCAUCCACAGUUGUGUCAACACUUACAGUAGGGCCAGGGACUGCUGUUUAAUCUUUCAGGCCAGCGGCACAGACAUGUAUGUGCCCCUUGAUUUCCUUGGUGCCCCAUGUGGUACCCCUGAGCCUUAAACAACAGUAUUUUUUUUUAAAUGCAUUUUUGCAUUUCAGAGUCUGAAAUUAUCUGAGGUCUGUAUCAUUGCCCAUCAGAGUGGGAUGGGGGUUUUUUGUUGUUUGUUUGUUUUGGUCGGUUUUUUAGCAUGACAUUGAGGGAGUAUGUUGCUGGCCUGAUGGUGUGGCAGGAGGACCUGGAGGGCAUCCAUGAGGGCAAUGGCUGCUGGAGGACUCUGCAGUAUGGAGGGGCCCCCACCUGGCACAGUCCUAUCCGUGCAGCUUGUUGGGAAGUGGUGGCUGGCACAUGCUGUCCCCCAAAGCACACCUUGGCUCUGCUUCAGAGCAUGAUAAUUUGCACAGCCCCAAACCCACAAAACUACAGUGCACAGCUUGCAGUGCCGUACGGCUCAUCAGUGACCCGCACUCAGGUCUGCUCCUUGGCCCUUGUUUCCUUUAGUGUGCACGUGGAGUCUAAGGAAAUGCCGUGUGUUUGUUCCCCAAAGGUCAUGUGUUUGUUCCUUGUCCCCAGCCCUGCCUGGCCUUGUGCCACAUGCUGUCAAAUGGCUGUUUGGGCAGAGUGCAUGAAAAGCAAAGCAGGCGCUGAGAGGUGAAAGCUGUCUCUGCGUCUUACCAUGAAGAGGUGUGUGUGUGUGAAAAGGCACGUGGCAUGCUUGUAUACAAGGCCUUACUGUUCUGGCGUUAUGUUUGCUUAACCACCACAGAUGAAUGCAUGUGUGCAAGAAACUCAUUCAAAAUACACCCCAGCUCACCGCUCUGAGAUGAACAUUUUGGUGGAAGCCCCCCACAAAAACAGAGCUUGCUGUCUGCUGCCAAACACAAAGGAAACAAAAGUUUGUUCUUAUAACUGUUAGCUACUCUUCAGAAAAAUUGCUUGCUGUGUCUUUUAACUAUUUAAUAAGAUAUUAAAAAUAAAAUAUUGCAAAGGAGCACCAGACCCAUGAAAGUCUUUAUGCGCUUAAACACAAGACUACAUUUUCCUCUGUUGUGUUAGCACUACUUAUGCUAGAUGCCUGUUGAGCAUUUUGUAAGGUAUUUACUGGUUUCAAGAUUGGGUGGAAAAAUCAGAGAGAAGAUAUUUUGGUUUAUGAAGGCCUUGAAAGCCUGGAAAAAAAAUGGAACAGAAUCUACCUCCUCUGGUAAAACCCUCAGUGAAAUGGCACAAGGCUAUCCUGAGGAAGGCAGCCGUACUGAGCCACAGCCAAGGCACAGCUUUAUUUUGCCUCUCGGUGAUUUGGUGUAUACACAAGUCUGCCUUUUACUGAACUUUGCUGUUAUCAAUUAAACAGUGAGUUAAAACACCCAAGUUUAAAAAGA